AUGUUACAACGAAGUUCUGCUUCCAUAUCCUCAAAAAAUGAUAUAAUUAGCGAAGAACCGUCACCUGCUUAUACCCCAUAUCCUUCACCAGGUGAACAGUCUUUAUUAUUUGGACCUCAAAGACCUUGGGAAAAUACUACAAUAACUCCCCAAUCAACAUCCUUCACUGCAACAUAUUACCCACAAACCACACCUGGGAAACCAUGUCGAAAAUGUUGGGAGUUAUUUGUGAUUCCUCAUGUUUAUAGUAAUAAUUCAUCAAAUAAUUAUUAUGGGUACGCUAAUAAUCAAUACCAACAACAGUCUCAUCAUAAUCAUUCUACUCAACCAUUAAACUAUUCGAGUAAUAGUGGGGCGACAUAUAAUAAUAUUCCUGGGAAUGUUCUGGUCGUGAAACCGGGGGAUGCUGCCCUUGGUGGUUGGUUAUGUACGAAUUGUCGAGGAUCGGGACAAGCGCAAACAUUAAUGGGCGGUGGAUUUUGUUCAAGAUGUCGUGGAGUUGGUCGAUUAUUUCAAUAA